GACCUUACUUGAAGAGAGAAACUAUUUUCUUAGAGGAUGAGACUGAACUAACAUUAGAAUUACCUAAUAAAAUUGAUCCUGAUGAAGAAAUAUCAAUUAAUUAUUCAAAAGUGGUUAUAAGAAUUUCAUUAGAAAUAUCACAAAUCAAAUAA